CCAACAAUCAGUGAGUCAGUCUUUAAAUUAACAAGACAGUGCUAAUUACAUUAAUAUAGUGUCCAUACAGUACCGACAGUGCGUGUAAUUCAUUGUACAGGAUGCCGAUGAGCUCAAGCCCAUGAUUGCAGAGACAUGCCCCCACCCGGGGGCUUCGAGGCAGUCAAGUAUAAACGAAACCUUCCUUUCCGCGGCCCAAGUGGUCUAGUCAUUCUUGGAGCUGUGACAGCCGUGUGUGCAUACGGCUUCUAUCGUGUUGGGAUGGGAAACCUAGAGAGAAGGGAACUGCAAAGAGAGCAAGUGUGGUCCCGAAUUCACCUGGUCCCUUUGCUUGUGGCGGAAGGGGAUCGAGAUGCGUAUCGUCGGCAGCAAGCUGCAUUGGAGCGGGAGCGAGAGAUUAUGAAAGAUGUCAAAGGAUGGGAGGUAAGUCAAUGACAAAAUGUGACUGUGUAUAAUUCUGACUCCCGGUAUCUCAUGUCCAAUCACUUCAACUCAGCCUGGUAAAAGUGUUUAUAACAAUGCACGAUAUCGCUCCGCAGAAUCGAUUGUGGUUCUAUGAUUGGACCACUUUUAGCUUUCUUUGUAGUCAGUCACAAUCAAUUAUUAGAUCUUUUCGCCGCAAAAGCGCGCAGCUGGGGAAGGUUCCAUUGUACUCUAGAGAGAGAGGGGCGCCACACAGCAUUCUUUGAAGUGGUCCGCCAAUAGUACCGGUGGCGGAUUGUUACAAUAGGGCCCAUAAGUUCGGUUAC